AUGGCCAAGGGGGCCGGCGCAGAGGCGUCUGGGAGGGGCACCGCCACGAGGACCGGCCGGGCCUGGCCUGAGGGCCAAGGCGGCCGGCGCAAAGGCGUCUGGGUAGGGGGUCGCGAGGACCGGGCCCCUCGGGGGACAAAGAAUGGCCAAGGCGGCCGGCGCAAAGGCGUCUGGGAAGGGGGUCGCGAGGCCCGCGCUCCUCAGGGGACAAAGAAUGGCCAAGGCCCACGGCGCAAAGGCGGGACAAAGAACGGCCAAAGCGGCCGGCGCAAGGGCGUCUGGGAAGGGGGUCGCGAGGAGCGGCCGGGCCCGCGCCCCUCAGGGGACAAAGAACGGCCAAGGCCGACGGCGCAAUGGCGUCUGGGAAGGGGGCCGCGAGGCCCGCGCCCCUCAGGAGACAAAGAACGGCCAAGGCGGCCGGCGCAAAGGCGUCUGGGAAGGGGGCCGCGAGGACAAGGCUGCCGGCGCAAAGGCGUCUGGGAAGGGAGCCGCGAGGCCCAAGCUCCUCAGGCCACAAAGAACGGCCAAGGCGGCCGGCGCAAAGGCGUCUGGGAAGGGGGCCGCGAGGCCCAAGCUCCUCAGGGGACAAAGGACGGCCAAGGCCGCCGGCGCGAAGGCGUCUGGGAGGGAGCAGGACGGGCCAGGCCAGUGCUCUGCGCACGGUUCUCCCCCCCUCCCCCUCCCCUCCCGUUAAAUAUUAUUCUUUUGAAGAUUCUUCAUUAUCCAGCCGCCAAAGUGGAGAGUGCGAUCGCAGAAGGGGGUGCUUCUCGUUUCAGUGCUUCUUCGGGCGGAGGAGGAAGUAGGGGUGCACCUCAGCACUAUCCCAAGACUGCUGGCAACAGCGAGUUCCUGGGGAAAACCCCAGGGCAAAACGCUCAGAAAUGGAUUCCUGCACGAAGCACUAGACGAGAUGACAACUCCGCAGCAAACAACUCCGCAAAUGAAAAAGAACGACAUGACGCGAUCUUCAGGAAAGUAAGAGGCAUACUAAAUAAGCUUACUCCUGAGAAGUUUGACAAGCUAUGCCUUGAGCUCCUCAAUGUGGGUGUAGAGUCGAAGCUCAUCCUCAAAGGGGUCAUACUGCUGAUUGUGGACAAAGCCCUUGAAGAGCCAAAGUAUAGCUCACUGUACGCUCAACUCUGUCUGCGAUUGGCAGAAGAUGCACCAAACUUUGAUGGCCCAGCAGCAGAGGGUCAGCCAGGACAGAAGCAGAGCACAACAUUCAGACGCCUCCUAAUUUCCAAACUACAAGAUGAAUUUGAAAACCGAACCAGAAAUGUUGAUAUCUAUGACAAGCGCGACAACCCCCUCCUCCCUGAGGAGGAGGAACAAAGAGCCAUUGCUAAGAUCAAGAUGUUGGGGAACAUCAAAUUCAUUGGAGAGCUUGGCAAGCUUGAUCUUAUUCAUGAAUCUAUCCUUCAUAAGUGCAUCAAAACACUUUUGGAAAAGAAGAAGAGAGUCCAACUCAAGGAUAUGGGAGAGGAUUUGGAGUGCCUCUGUCAGAUAAUGAGGACGGUUGGGCCUAGAUUAGACCAUGAAAGAGCCAAGUCCUUAAUGGAUCAGUACUUUGCCCGUAUGUGCUCCUUGAUGUUAAGUAAGGAAUUGCCAGCAAGGAUUCGUUUCCUGCUGCAGGAUACUGUGGAGUUGCGAGAACACAAUUGGGUUCCUCGCAAAGCUUUUCUUGACAAUGGACCAAAGACGAUCAAUCAAAUCCGUCAAGAUGCAGUAAAAGAUCUGGGAGUUUUCAUUCCCGCUCCUAUGGCUCAAGGGAUGAGAAGUGACUUCUUUCUGGAGGGACCGUUCAUGCCACCCAGGAUCAAACUUGAUAGGGAUCCCCUUGGAGGACUUGCUGAUAUGUUUGGACAAAUGCCAGGAAGCGGAAUCGGUACUGGCCCAGGAGUUAUCCAGGAUAGAUUUUCACCCACCAUGGGGCGUCAUCGUUCAAAUCAACUCUUCAAUGGCCACGGGGGACACAUCCUGCCCCCCCAGUCCCAGUUUGGCGAGUUGGGAGGCAAGUUUAUGAAAAGCCAGGGGCUAAGCCAGCUCUACCAUAACCAGAGUCAGGGACUCUUAUCCCAGCUACAAGGACAGUCCAAGGAUAUGCCACCCCGGUUUUCUAAGAAAGGACAGCUUAAUGCAGAUGAGAUUAGCCUGAGGCCUGCUCAGUCUUUCCUAAUGAAUAAAAAUCAAGUGCCAAAGCUUCAGCCCCAGAUAACCAUGAUCCCUCCCAGCGCACAACCACCACGCACUCAAACACCACCCUUGGGACAGACUCCUCAGCUUGGUCUCAAAACUAAUCCACCGCUGAUCCAGGAGAAGCCCGCCAAGGUCAGCAAAAAGCCUCCUCCGUCUAAGGAAGAACUACUUAAACUAACUGAAGCUGUUGUGACUGAGUACCUGAACAGCGGGAACGCCAACGAGGCGGUCAACGGCGUGCGGGAAAUGAGGGCACCGAAACACUUCCUUCCAGAGAUGAUAAGUAAAGUCAUCAUCCAGUCGCUUGAUCGGACUGACGAAGACAAGGAAAAAGCAAGUUCUCUGAUCAGUCUACUGAAGCAGGAAGGGCUAGCCACCAGUGACAACUUCAUGCAGGCUUUCCUGAACGUGUUGGAUCAGUGCCCCAAACUGGAGGUGGACAUCCCUUUGGUGAAAUCCUAUCUGGCCCAGUUCGCCGCCCGCGCCAUCAUUUCAGAGCUGGUGAGCGUUUCCGAGCUAGCUCAACCGUUGGAAAGCGGCACCCAUUUUCCCCUCUUCCUGCUCUGCCUUCAGCAGUUGGCGAAGUUACAAGAUCGCGAGUGGUUAACCGAGCUUUUCCAACAAAGCAAAGUCAACAUGCAGAAAAUGCUCCCAGAAAUUGAUCAGAAUAAGGAUCGAAUGUUGGAGAUCUUGGAAGGAAAGGGACUUAGUUUCCUUUUCCCCCUUCUCAAACUAGAGAAGGAACUGUUGAAGCAAAUAAAAUUGGAUCCAUCCCCUCAAACCAUUUACAAGUGGAUUAAAGAUAACAUUUCGCCCAAACUUCAUGUAGAUAAGGGAUUCGUGAACAUCUUAAUGACCAGCUUCUUGCAGUAUAUUUCUAGUGAAGUGAACCCACCCAGUGAAGAAACCGAUACUUCCUCGGCUCCUUCGAAAGAGCAGCUGGAGCAGGAGAAGCAACUGCUUCUCUCUUUCAAGCCGGUAAUGCAAAAGUUCCUCCAUGAUCACGUCGAACUUCAGGUCAGUGCCCUGUACGCUCUGCAGGUGCACUGCAACAAUAACAACUUCCCAAAAGGCAUGUUGUUGCGCUUUUUCGUUCACUUCUAUGACAUGGAAAUCAUUGAAGAAGAAGCUUUCUUGGCGUGGAAAGAAGAUAUAACCCAAGAGUUUCCAGGGAAGGGCAAGGCUUUAUUCCAGGUGAACCAGUGGCUCACCUGGCUCGAAACCGCUGAAGAAGAAGAAUCCGAGGAAGAAGCUGACUAAACCAGCCAAAGCCUUAAAUUGUGCAAACAUACUGUUGCUACGAUGUAACUGCAUUUGACCUAACCACUGCGAAAAUCCAUUCCGCUGUAACGUUUUCACAAUAUUUAACGCAGAAGCGCGUCGAGUAGGAUCUUCUUCUGCAUAAGGUUUUUUUGUAGCGUAACGUCUUAAUCAUAGUCGACCAUCAAAUAUUUUAGAGUAUCGUUAAUGUUUAGAUAGCGUAGUAGCAGCAUGCAAUAACUUCAUCCUAAGUUCUCCGGCAGAGGCGGCCGACCGCGAAGACCUCCUUUUGCCGCCCGUCAUCCGAGGCUGUUUUGGGGUUAGAAAACUGAGAUGCAACACUGAAUACUGUAGGAAUGCACUUUGCUCAGUGUAAUACUUGAGUCGUUGCAAUAUCUGAUUAUCCAUUUGGUUGUUACAGAGAAUCCUUCAAACUGUAAUCGAUGGUUGUUGCCGUAAUAGUAUGUUGCCUGUAUUUCUACCUCUAGUAAUGGGCUUUAUAUGUGCUAGAUUUUAAUAUCCUUGAACCUGGGCGAGUGCACAAGUCUUUCAAAAGAAAAAGAAACAUGGUUUACUUGCACAAAACUCAGCAGUUUGGAAGAGAUCGUCGAUGCCCUUGGAAGUGGUUUCUUUUGUGGGUGUGAAACAAAAUGGUGAGAAAUUGAAUUGGUCCCUUAUUAUAGUAUUGAAAUUAAGUCUACUUAAUUUAUCAAGUCAUGUUCAUGCCCUGAUUUUAUAUACUUGUAUCUAUCAAUAAACAUUGUGAUACUUGA